AUGUACAGAAAUUCGGCGCAGCUAAAAUGCAUCAAAUCCAUCCCGCCCAACGCCCUCCCUUCGCCCGACAACACUAGCGACUCUGACUCGGAAAUCCUCGAUGCUCUCGACCAGAAGAGAAGGCAGUUGGACGACGAGGUCGCCAGGUUCAAGGCUGCAAAGGAUCGCGAGUUCCGUGAGUUUGAGAAGCAACUAUGGAUCACCAAGAAGAGUUCGCGUGCCGCCGCCAGUGGCUCCCAGGCCACGCCCACCAAAGCUGCGUCGACGCCUUCAGCGACGUCUUCGGCCUUGAGCCUGUUGGCCGCGACACAAAAUGGUUCUGCAAAUGGCUGGCCGGGCUACAAGGUGAAAAGAGAGAGUGCGGCAGCUGGUGACAAGGUCAGAAAACCGGCACCGCUAAGCGGGCCGACGCUGUCCUUGGAAAAAUUGAACAUCGCGGGCGAAACCACGCCACCUUUGCAUACACUGGGGACUCCUCCCACGCCCUCGAUCCUAACUCGGACAAGAUCCCGUUCCCCCAUUUUAAAUGCAGCGGCACGGCCGACGACGCCGCCGACGCCCGCACAGUUAAAGAGUGAAGAUCCUCCGCCCUCGUCCACUCCUACGCCUUCAAGAGAUCGAUCCGACCCCUUUGCUGGUGUGUUUACGCCCAUGUACCUGCCCCUUUUAGAGUCGCGCGAUCGUACUCCGAUCGUGCGGAGUCCACAGCCCGUGACCUCCGCGGAAGAGGAGGAGAAACGACUGCAACUGGACGCGGACUCUAAAGAUCGGGCGGACCAGCUGUGGAAACAGCAGGCCCGGUCGUCUCAGUCGCUACCGCCGCAACCAGUCUCGCCAUCCGUUGUUGCAACCAAGCGCGCCCAGUCGACGUCCGUCUUGCCAAGCGCAAGUCUCCCCAGUGCGUUAAGGAGUGCCAGUGGCGGAGGAAGGACGCGGAAGCAUGUCAUGUUCCAGUUGGCCGACUUUAAGGUCGUCGAUCCGAGCAGUAGUUACGAAGAAGGACCGAGUCCGGAGUUGGAGGGCGAAAACGACGUGAACGGAGAAUCAGCACACCGAUUUCUCGGGACCGAGGAAGACGGGGACCGAGAUAAUGGUGAGAGGGAGAAUGGGAGCACCGAAUUACUGAGUGAAAAAGACAAGCGCCGAGGAAGAGGACGAGGAGGACGUUUUAUCUCGCCCAUUCCUUCCCCGUUGGCGAGCCCCAAUCCGAGCCCAUCACCGUCUCCCGCCCUGAAUGGAAGUUCACCAACGCCGUCCCCAUUGCAGUCACCACGCUUAAUAUCUUCACCCGACCAGUCAGGGUUUUCUGGCGGUUUGUUGGGCGCCGAGGACGGAGGCAGCGGCGUUGGGUUUUUCGAGCUUGACGAAGAGCUAGCCAGUCCGGCGUUGAGAGAGGGGAGACCGGUAGAGGCGUUUGAUCUCGAGAUCGAGGAAGAGAUUAGCGAGAAGAUGGGCAGAGAUGUCACGGACACCGGUGAGAGGGGACUGGGAAUAGUUCCCUCGGUCCAGGUGGGGAGCGUUCCCAUUGACAUUGUGAGGCCCAGUGGGAGUUGGGUCGGGAGCUUUGGACACUGA